ACCGAACCGAGCCGCCCGCCCCGAGCCGCGGAGGAUGCUCGGGCCGUGAGCCCGCAGCCGGCAGCCCCGGCGCGGCGGAGCCAUGGGCAAGGACCAGGAGCUGGUGCAGGCGGUGAAGGCGGAGGACAUCGCGGCCGUGCAGAAGCUGCUGCAGAGGCCCAAGCCCGGCAAAGCCAAGCUCCUCGGAUCCGCAAAGAAAGUCAACGUCAACUUCCAAGACACGGAUGGGUUCUCAGCUCUGCACCAUGCAGCUCUUAAUGGCAACACGGAGCUCAUCUCGCUGCUGCUGGAGGCGCAGGCUGCGGUGGACAUCAAGGACAACAAAGGCAUGCGGCCCCUGCACUACGCGGCUUGGCAAGGCAAGAAGGAGCCCAUGAAGAUGGUGCUGAAAGCAGGCUCCUCCGUGAACAUCCCAUCGGACGAGGGGCAGAUCCCCCUGCACUUGGCGGCUCAGCACGGGCACUACGACGUGUCAGAGAUGCUCCUGCAGCACCAGUCCAACCCCUGCAUCAUGGACAACUCCGGGAAGACACCUCUGGACCUGGCGUGCGAGUUUGGCCGGGUCGGGGUGGUGCAACUGCUCCUGAACAGCAACAUGUGCGCGGCGCUGCUGGAGCCCAAGCCGGGGGACGCCACCGACCCCAACGGCACCAGCCCCCUGCACCUGGCCGCCAAGAACGGCCACAUCGACAUCAUCCGGCUGCUGCUCCAGGCCGGCAUCGACAUCAACCGGCAGACCAAGGCGGGCACGGCGCUGCACGAAGCGGCUCUCUGCGGCAAGACCGACGUGGUGCGGCUGCUGCUGGAUAGCGGGAUCAAUGCGCACGUCAGGAACACCUACAACCAAACAGCUCUGGACAUCGUCAACCAGUUCACCACCAGCCAGGCCAGCAAGGAGAUCAAGCAGAUGCUGCGGGACGCCUCCGCCGCUCUGCAGGUCCGGGCCAUCAAGGACUAUUGCAACAACUACGACCUGACCAGCCUCAACGUGAAAGCCGGGGACGUGAUCACGGUGCUGGAGCAGCACGCGGAUGGGCGAUGGAAGGGCUGCAUCCACGACAACCGCACCGGCAACGACCGCGUCGGAUACUUCCCCUCCAGCCUCGUCGAGGCCAUCAGCAAGAGAACAGGCAAAUAAUCCCCCCUUCUCCAUUCCCUGUGUGGGGCUGCUCCCAAACUGCAGCCCCAGGGAGGCGGACCGGCUGCACCGGCUCCCACCGAGGAGAUCUGGGUGCUGCGGAAACCCUUCGCAGGUGGGGACCGCAGCAGCCUGGGCAGCACGGGCAGCGUAGCCUCGGGGCGCAGCUCGGGCAGCGGGCAGAGCGCGGGCAGUGGGGCCCAUGCCCUGCACGCCGGCUCGGAAGGUGUCAAGCUGCUGGCAACCGUCCUUUCCCAGAAGGCUUCUGCGCAAGAGUGUGCCGUGGGCGAUGGGCCGGCCAAGGCGCAGGACAUCCCCGCAGGUGCGUGCUGCCGGAGCAGGAGCAGCCCUGGCCCUGCCGCGGGCGCGCCCUCCCCAUACACCCCCCAGCCCCCCGCCGAGCCCCAGCUGAAGAAAAUGGAGCCACCAUCAGAGGGGAAGAGCUCGGAGGCCGUGUACCAGUGGCUCUGCAAGUUCCAGCUGCAGCUCUAUGCACCCAACUUCAUCAACGCCGGCUACGACAUCACCACCAUCAGCCGCAUGACGCCCGAGGACCUCACGGCCAUCGGUGUCACCAAGCCGGGGCACAGGAAGAAGAUUGCGUCUGAGAUCAACAACCUCAGCAUCCCCGAGUGGCUGCCGGAGUACAAACCGGCCAACCUGGCGCUGUGGCUCUCCAUGAUCGGCCUGUCCCAGUACUACAAGGUGCUGGUGGAGAACGGCUACGAGAACAUCGACUUCAUCACCGACAUCACCUGGGAGGACCUGCAGGAGAUCGGCAUCACCAAGCUGGGCCACCAGAAGAAGCUGAUGCUGGCGGUGAAGAAGCUGGCGGAGCUGCAGCGCGCCGAGAUGGGCAAGUACGAGCCGGGCACAUUGAAGAGGAAGGGGGCCGCCGCGGCGUGCCCGGAGGUGCUGGCCAUCGAGUCCCCCCCGCCGGAGCCCCCCGAGUGCCAGUCGCCCAAGAUGACCACGUUCCAGGACAGCGAGCUCAGCAGCGAGCUGCAGGUGGCCAUGACGGCCGAGGGCCCCGAGGAGCCCGCGGAGAAGGCGGCGAACCCGGCGGGCGCGGUGACGGGGCUGGGCGGCCGCGCCAGGGUGAUGAGCAGCUCGCAGGAGCUGCUGGGGGACGGCCCCCGCGGAGCCCCCGCCGCGGCCAUCUCCAAGAGCCAGGAGUACCUGGCCGAUGGGGCCGGUGAGGGCCAACCCGCGCCGCACAAGGAGGGGCGGCCGCCGCGGCACGGCCACCCGGUGAAGCGCGCCAGCGUGCCGCCCGUGCCCGGCAAGCCCCGGCAGCCCUUCCCUGCCACCAGCGGGCAGCUGACACCGCCGCAGACCCCCGGCAAGCCGCGGCCCCCAUCCCCGCAGGGCCCGUCCGUGCCCCACGCCACUGCCAAGGUGAAGCCGACCCCGCAGCUCCUGCCACCGGGUGAGCGCCCCGCGUCACCGCGCUCGCUGCCGCAAUCCCCGACGCACCGCGGCUUCGCCUAUGUCCUGCCGCAGCCCGCCGAGGGCGAGGGCAGCCCCGCGGCCGUGCCCGUGCUGCCGGUGUCGGUGCCGGUGCUGUGCCUGCCGCCCGCGAGCGAGGGCGAGGAGGAGCCGGGCCGGCCGAAGAAGCGGGCGCACAGCCUGAACCGGUACGCGGCCUCCGACAGCGAGCAGGAGCGGGAUGAGCUGCUGGUGCCGGACGCGGGGCCCUACGCCACGGUGCAGCGGCGCGUGGGGCGCAGCCACUCGGUGCGGGCCCCCGCCGGCGGCGACAAGAACGUCAACCGCAGCCAGUCCUUCGCCGUCCGGCCCAAGAAGAAGGGGCCGCCGCCGCCACCGCCGAAGCGCUCCAGCUCUGCCAUCUCCAGCGCCGGCAUGGCCGAGGACUUCCCCAAGGAUGGCGAAGGAGAGGCGGCCACCAGGGCCCCCGCCGCUGCCAAUGGGGAGAGCCGCCGCGAGCAGCGUCGGGCCAGCGACCUGGGCGGCAGCGUGGACACGGGCAGCGCGGGCAGCGUGCGCAGCAUCGCGGCCAUGCUGGAGAUGUCCUCCAUCGGCGGCGGGGCGCGGGCGCUGGCGCUGCAGAAGCCGCACGGGGCCCCGGUGCCGGCCAAGGCGCCCGAUGGCUACUACCUGCAGCCAGGACCCCCGCCGGGCAGCCCUGACCGCGCGCGCGUGGCCACCGUCCUGGCCACCGUCAAGCACAAGGAGGCCAUCGGGCUGGAUGGGGAGGUGGUGAACCGGCGCCGGACCAUCAGCGGCCCCGUCACCGGGCUGGUGGCAGCCGCCCGCCGCGAGCGCGCUGACAGCGUGCGGUCAGAGACAGGCACCGACGGCGCCGGCGAGCGGCUGCGGGUGGAGCGCGGCGGCUCCCCCGACGGCAUCCCCUUCGCCGAGGAGGGCACCCUCACCAUCAAGCAGCGGCCGCGGCCACUGGGGCCAGUGCGGGGAGAGGCGGGCGAGGGGCUGUCCCCAGCGCACCGCCACGGGGACCUGGCCAAGGUGGAGGCCAGCGCCACGCUCAAGCGCCGGAUCCGGGCCCGGCAGAGCCAGCAGGAUGGAGUCCGCUUCGUGCUCACCGAGUCCGACACCGUCAAGCGCCGGCCCAAGGCCAGGGACAAGGAGCCGGCGCUGGAACCGGCCUCGCUCGCCGUCUACCAGAACGGCACCGGCACCGUGAAGCGGCGGCCGGCCUCGGAGCUGAGCGGGGCCGAGCCUCCCGCCACCCCACCGCCCGCUGCCCGCACCGAUGGCCCCGACUACACCGCGCCGCCCGUCGAGCACAAGAAGCCCUUCAAGCCACCGGUGUCCCCCAAGCCCGUGCUGGCUCAGCUGCCGCAGAAGGUGCCCGGGCCGCCCACACCCAUCCCCAAAAAGGUGCCCAUCCCAAGCCCCGGCAGCCCAGAGGUGAAGCGGGUCCAUGGCACGCCGCCGCCGGUGUCCCCCAAGCCCACGCCGCCCCCCACGGCGCCGAAGCCCCCCAAGCCCCACGCCGCCAUCCAGUCGGUGAGCGCCGGCUCGACGCCGGCCCCAUCACCGGCGCGGCAGCUGGGUGCCGGCACGGCCAAGCCGUCCAGCACGCCGCCCUCGCUGUGCUCCAGCCCCGCCAAGCCGCUGUCGCCCGGCGCGCAGCCCGUGCCGGUGAAGCCGCCGCGCUCCGCCAUCGCCAGCCCCUCCGUGGACAGCGCCGGCUCCGAGCUGGCACAGCAGAAGCUGGAGGAGACGAGCGCGUCCCUGGCCGCGGCGCUGCAGGCUGUGGAGGAGAAGAUCAAGCAGGAGGACAGUCAAGCGCCAGACUCUGCCGCGGAGUCGAAGAGCACCGUGAGCAUCCUGGACGACAUCGGCAGCAUGUUCGAUGACCUGGCGGACCAGCUGGAUGCCAUGCUGGAGUGAGGGGCGCCAGGGCCCCCCGAACCUCAGGGCUUACGUGGGCACAAGGGCACAACGAUCCACGACCCCCCCCCACCCCGGCCCCGCCGCCCUCCUCCCCUUUGUACAGCCGUCCCCUCCCGGACAUCCCGUCCCUCGGGGUUUGCACAAAGAAGAAGAUACCUCAGGAUUGUGCUCACGGACUCGGCGCGGCUCCGGCAGAGCUUUUGCAGCAGCAAAAAAACCACCCCAACACCAGAAGCAGCAAAGCAGCGCAUCCCGGAUGGACACGGUGCCGGUGAGGAGGGGGUCCUCGACAGCUCCGGUGCCGCGGCUCACCGCGAAUGUAGCACAAGCCCUGCCCCGGCGCCGUGUGCCACCGGCCGAUGGCACCGCAGGUGACGGCUCCG